AUGCUAUUUGUGAAUCUAAUAAAUGUCCGAGAUAACUCAGGCAGUGUUGGGUGAUACUGACGAUUCGUUAAUGAAGCGAUACAGGUGCAUACAAGGGAAAAAAGUUGUGCACGCAGGAAUAUAGGUUGGAAGGAGAAACACACCCCGGAAAAAUACGCCUAGCCAGCGAUAAUUGUGUUGGUCACUCGCUGCAGGAUUUAUCAGAGAAUCAUCAGCCCAUGCAGCGAAAUGUUCGUUAUAUGUGCGAUCAUCGCUGCAGCGGCCUUCUUCACAGAAGCCGGCUGCCAGUACAGUGAGAACACUCCUCCAGUGCCAAAUGUCAAUCGGGAUUGGGUGGUUGCCGACAAUGCGACCAUAGGAACUGUCGUGACGAUGGUCGGGGCUGUAGACAACGAACAAAAAAGGUUCAUUUACGGAUUGGAACCAGUGGGACACACCUUGAAUUGGGAAAACACUCUGCAACGGCCCUUGCCUUUUUACAUCGACAACAGCACAGGGACUGUCUUCACUAACGAGUCCCUCCAAGGCAGAGGAGGUGAGAACCUGUCUCUAUACGUGACUGUCUCGGAUGGUGCCCUCGUAGUAAAGACUGAAGUCUACGCACGCAUCCUGAACUCUUCGGCACUGAAUGGAGGCCAAACUAGCAGUCGAUCACCUUAUAGUCAACCUUCUGGAGAUAGAUUCAGACCACCGUUUGGUUUUGUACCGUACCAUGGAUCCCCUCAACCGCCGGAUAGAUUUCCAAUGACGAACAGGCCGCCGCCGCCGCCUCUUCCGCCACCUGCGACAUCUCCGCGAACAACGAUCCUACGUCCGCAGCCACCUAGGACAAAAAAACCCGAAGUCUUACCCUCGUCCACAACCCCACCAACGAGCAAAUCGGUGGCAUCAAAUGAAAUUCCUGGAACUGCAUUGCCGAGUGCAAACGCGAAUCCCAGCGAACCAAACGGGCCCCAAGACCUUGCCAUGACGAUUGUCCCUGUGGCUGCUGUGUGUGCACUUGUUCUUGGACUGGGAAUGGGCGCUUGGUCACUUAGGCAUAAAUUUUGCAGUAGCAAGAAAUCGAAAGAGGAAAUGAAAGAGUCAGCUUCCGCUACAGUCUCGAAUUUAUCCGACAAUCCAUCCCUCGUCUUCAGCGGAUGGGGUCGUCCAAAGGCACGCAGCAACACCUACGAAGGUUCGGACAAAGAGAACCACUCGGGAGUACAGAGUAAAGUUGCUCCGGAUGAUUGGGAGUUUCCCAGACAUCGGCUCAAGAUAUUCAACAUUCUUGGCGAAGGCUGCUUUGGACAAGUUUGGAAAUGCGAGGCCCAAGAUAUCGACGGCAAGCCUGGGCCCAGCAUAGUGGCUGUUAAAACCUUGAAGGAAAAUGCUACGGAGCGAGAGAGACUGGACCUCGCCCAAGAGCUCAAAGUUAUGAAAUCGUUGGAGAUACAUCCGAACGUCGUGAGGCUGUUGGGAUGCUGCACGGAACGCGAGCCAAUGUUUGUCAUCCUCGAGUACGUCAGCGGAGGGAAAUUACAAAGCUUUUUGAGGGCCUCUAGAGAGGAGAGAAAUCACGGAGGUCCCGGUCUAACUUCGCGGGAUCUCACUGGAUUCGUUUAUCAGAUUGCGAGAGGAAUGGAGUACCUCGCAGCGAGAGGAGUCAUUCACAGGGACCUGGCAGCUAGGAAUAUUUUGAUAGACGAAAAUCGGGCGUGCAAAGUGGCGGAUUUCGGAUUCGCCCGAGACGUGGCGGCGAAUCAAAUAUACGAAAGGAAGUCAGAAGGACGACUACCGAUCAGAUGGAUGGCGCCUGAGAGCCUCUACGAUAAUAUAUUUUCGGUCAAGUCCGACAUAUGGAGUUUUGGAGUUUUGAUAUGGGAGAUCGUCACCCUAGGAUCCACGCCAUAUCCCGGGCUGGCGGCUGCUGAGGUAAUGAAGAGGAUCAAGGAAGGAUACAGGCUCGAUCGGCCUGAGCACUGCAAAAGAGAACUCUACAAUAUAAUGUAUUAUUGCUGGGACAAAGAUCCAGCCUGCAGACCUUCGUUCACUGAGCUAGUCAAUCUUGCAGAAGGUUUACUGCUUGAUGAAACCGAUUAUAUAGAGCUCGAUAGAUUUCCCGACCACUCCUACUACAACGUCCUCAGUCUCAGUGGCGAAAAAUUAUAACAAUAAAUAUAGCCGUCAGCGAUCGUGUUACAGGAGCUAGAACUGAAGCUGAGCAAUGAUAUUUUCGAGACUGUCAGAAUUCGAAGUAUCAUUCGUUCGUUUUAGAUUCCGAUCAUCGCGCUAGUAGACAUCCGACAGUGCACAUUGUCAACAAUGUAAUUUUUACGUCGUUUGCCUAAUCGAAUAAACGAUUGGAAUGAGGGGAAAGUAAUAAAAGACUUGGAGAAACAGGACCAUCGGCGAUAAAAUGUUUAUGGAGACAUUGAACGUUAUAUUAUUAUUAUUAUGUCUGUAAUUUUGUCGAAAUUUUGUGUAAUUUUUUUUCGUAUACUGCAUGAGUUUAUUUCUUAAUUAAGAAAAUUUCACGUUAAAUUUCUCGAUGACUGUUGAAUUUCAGUUUUAAUUGAUUUUAAAAAAUUUGUUGUAAUUCAAAUGAAGGUCUCCAAAUUUUUGACUUGAAUGUACCUCAAAAUCAAACAAAUGUACGUACUAUGACAAACUUUUUUUCCACAUUAUUAUAUGCGGAAUUGUGUAACUAGCCUCAACGAUAAGAUAUACUCUUGUAAAUAAUUUAAAAAAUGAAAAGAAUAAGCAUAACGAAUAGAAAAAAAAAAUUACUAGGUUUUUAAUAUCGUUUUCAACUAAUAAUCAUAUUUCGGUCUGUACUUAUGUCAAAUUCAGAAUAAACCUUUGUUAAUAUGCGGGGAAAAAGUAACAGAAACAUUGAUUU